UUGUGUUUUUUCCGACUUUUACAAGGCUGCUAGGAAAAGUGGGGGAGUGACGACUUGUUCCUGGAAGAGCCAGCCUGCGGAGUCAGUCACAUUUUUGGCUGGGAUUCAAUGACUGAGCCAGACACACACAAACACAGAUAGGGGCUGCGAGGGAGAGAGAGGGGCGAGUGAGUGAGCAAGCGCAACCCAGCUCACAGACUAGCCAUCUCCAGUACACAGGCAUAUCGAACAGCAGGGGCAGACGGAGUGUAUGCGUGCGGCUAUACUGCAGUAUUCCACAGUUUAAAGGAGGUUCCACGCGGGUUAUUACUGUGUUUUAUACCGGAUACAUAGAGGGAGGAGGCUUUGCUUUAUCGGUCGAUACUUUUUCUGAAACUUCAAAAGCAUUAUUCAUUUUUGGAGGAGUUUCAGAGGGACGCGUUUUAGAUAUGGACUGUCAGGAGUGUACUGCAGGGGAAGACUCGCCCGUGUCACCAUUCGCUUAGUAGGCUAGUCAACGGAGUUGGAAACUCACUGCUCGGGACUUUUUUGUGGAUGUUUGAUGAAGCGCUUUCUGCACUUGGCUAAUUCUCGGAGACCUUGGAUUUACAAGGAACCGGAACCUAUCGUGGCUUUCAAUUGUUUUAGUUUGUCCCAGUUGAAAGGAACUCUUGCUUUCAAAGUCGUAGUGAAAACAUGGAGACUGUAACUCGACAAAGCUUCCAACCUCACCCAGGACUGCAACAAACUCUCAAGCAGUUUCAUCUGAGUUCUAUGAUCUCCCUCGGCGGACCGGCGGCGUUUUCUGCUCGAUGGCCACAUGACCUCCUGUUCAAGAAGGAUGGGAAAGAGCCCGAGCCCGUGCUGCAUCUUCCAAUGCAGCCGCCGACAGUGAUGCCGGGACCACUCUUCAUCCCCUCCGACCGCUCCACUGAGAGGUGCGAGACGGUCCUGGAGACCGAGACUGUCUCCUGUUUCGUGGUCGGCGGCGAGAAACGGCUGUGCCUGCCGCAGAUCCUCAACACCGUACUGCGGGAUUUCUCCCUUCAACAGAUCAACUCGGUGUGCGACGACCUCCACAUCUACUGCUCCAGGUGCACGGCAGAACAGCUGGAAAUCCUCAAAGUCAUGGGAAUUCUACCCUUCUCGGCGCCUUCCUGCGGACUCAUCACCAAAACGGAUGCGGAGCGCCUGUGCAAUGCCCUGAUUUACGGAGGCACCUACCCGCCGCACUGCAAGAAAGAGUUCACGGGCUCACUGGAGCUGGAGUUCACGGAGAAAAGCCUCAAAAUAUACCACGAGUGUUUCGGAAAGUGCAAGGGUCUCUUCGUCCCGGAGCUGUACACCAGCCCCAACGCAGCCUGCAUCCAGUGCAUGUACUGCAGACUCAUGUACCCGACCCAUAAGUUCGUGGUGCACAGUCACAAAUCGUUGGAAAACAGGACUUGCCACUGGGGCUUCGACUCCGCCAACUGGAGGGCAUACAUCCUCUUGGACCAGGAUUACACAGGGAAAGAGGAGAAGGCGCGCCUGGAGCAGCAUUUGGACGAGAUUAAAGAGAAAUUUGAUUUCGCCAAUAAAUAUAAGAGGAAAGCAUCCAGGGCGUCGGAUCCCAUUCCAGCCAAGAAGUCUAAACAUGAAGACUUCCCAUCGCUAACCCUGUCCGAGAAGCAACCGGAUUGGCUACGAUCCCUCUCGGGUUCGGCCAAUAAGGGGCUCAACUGCUUCCAGCCCAGACAGAGGCCCUCGGCUUUCAGGCCCUGGUCCCCUAACCUCUCAGCUGGGGACAAAGACAUGCCCAGCCGCCCUCUGGCUCUCCUGAGAGACAGUCUUUACAACUUCAAGACCAUGGAGAACGCUGUGUCCCCAAACGUGGCCCUCACCCCCCCACCCCUGACAAAGGCAGGGCCCCUGUCGCCGUCCGUGCCUAGCACCUCCCACCCCAGUGCCGGCAAGGCCCCAGGAAAGGGGGCCAGCCCCAUAUCCAGGACCCGGAAGAGGAGGGCCACAGGGGAGCUCCCGCACCCAGGCCACGAGCCCCCAUGCUCCCCUUCGGCUGCAGCCAGCAAGCUCCCACCCCAGGAGGACAAGGACUCAGAAGUGGAGAUCGAGGUGGAGAGCCGAGAGGAAUUCACAUCGUCCCUGUCCUCCCUCUCCUCCCCAACCUUCACCUCCUCCGGCUCUGCCAAGGACAUAAGCUUGCCCGGCGCCCAGGUCCCAGUGUGUACGGUGACGUCGGCGGUGUUGAGCCCCGAGGACGGCCUUCUCCCUGGGGUAGCAGCAGCAGCAAUGGCGGUGGUGUUGGCCCCUGAGGGCCCCGGGCCGGGGGGUCUGGAAUCAGAGUUGGAGAUCCUGAGGCAGGCGCUGGACAGCGGGCUGGACUCCAAGGAGUCUAAGGAGAAGUUUCUGCAUGAGAUCGUCAAGAUGAGGGUGAAGCAGGAGGAGAAGCUGGGCUCAGCCCUGCAGGCCAAACGCAGCCUUCAACAGGAGUUGGAGUUCCUGCGAUUGGCUAAGAAAGAGAAGCUCAGGGAGGCCACGGAGGCCAAGCGGAACCUGAGGAAGGAGAUUGAGCGCCUUCGUGCCGAGAGCGAGAAAAAGAUAAAGGAGGCAAACGAGUCGCGCGUGCAUCUGAAGAGGGAGCUGGAGCAUGCCCGGCAGCUCAGAGUGUGUGACAAGGGCUGCGAGGCAGGUCGCCUGCGCGCCAAGUACUCCACACAGAUCGAGGACCUGCAGAUGAAGCUCCAGCAUGCUGAGGCGGAUCGCGAGCAGCUCCGAGCAGACCUACUGCAGGAGCGGGAAGCCAGGGAACACCUGGAGAGAGUGGUCAAGGAGCUGCAGCGGCAGCUGUGGCCCAAGGAGCAGAACACGCCUACCGUGGACAACCCCGUCAACAACUAACCCUUCCCUUGAACAACCCCGCGCCAAUCCCCCACUAUCAGCACCCAAAAUAAAACUACGCCUGAGACCACCGAGACAGAAUAGAGAAAAGUAGAAAUAUCAAUCCUCAAUGUGUGCGUGUAUCCAUCCUCACACAAAUUGUAUGAGUGCUUGGAUGCAUCCUUGGAGAGAGAAACAAAGGAAAUCAAACUUGGUAUUUGUACACUUAUACCAAGUUGUUACUAGUUGUUGGUAUUUGUACAUAUACCAAGUUGUUACUAGGACAAGCACUGAAACGCACCUCUCCUCCACAAACUGAAAAUUGGAUCGGAAGAAAAAAAUAUAUAUAUAUAUAUUUAGCACAACAUUUUGUUGAGCCUGUAUUUUCUGAGACAGAAACUGGUGAACAUUUUGGAUAAAAACUUUUCUAUGAUAAAAAAAAAGAUAAAAUACAAUAAUUUUACAACUGGCCUGUUUAGAGACAAAAUGGAGGGCUGUCAAAAUGGCAGAGGAGCCAGGAAGUAGGACUGGACUCCUCAGGCGUGCCCCAGCAGGGCUUCUGCUUCGUUUCCUGUGAAGAAGUUGGAGAAUUUCAUGACCUUAUAAGCUAUUUAAGAGACUGCAUAACGAUAUGUAAAAAAAAAAAAAAAAAAGUACGAAAACAUUUUCUUUGCUUCUUUGUGUGCUAUAAGAGCUUGGAGACAAAAAAAAAUGGAUUUACAAAAAAUAUUAACAGACAGCAAGCAAGACAAACUACCACCAGUGUCAUCUUGGUUAGUCGGUGUGUAGAGGAGGCCAUUUUGAUCCAUUGAGGAAAAGUAUAACGCUUGUCUACUAUACCAUUAAUACAUCAUGAAGUUUACUAUGGAAGGGGUCAGAGGAUUGCAUUGGACUAGAUGUUUUCUCUCUUUGACACAGGUGCUGUAUCUGUGUGUUCUGGCACACCUCUUAGAGUGAGCAUUUCAUUUAGAUAUUAACAACAAGAGAUGUUCACACAAGCACACCGAAACAGCACACACACUUGUCUUCAUUAUGUGUUUGUGAGCAUUUGGGUUAAAACCCAAAAGUCUUAUCUUAUAAAGAUAAACUUUGUGAUUAUUUUGUAUCUGGGUGCAAUCUGAAGCCCAGAUUUGUACACAGGACUUCUGCUGGGUUUCCCUCUGGGACUGUUGGUUAAAACUAGCUGAACCCGGCUUACUGCUUUCCAUUUGUUUAGCGAGAGUUGGCAUGACUUGCUCAAAUGAAGAUCGAAAAUACAAUUUUUGAAUACUAUGAUUUUAGGGCUGGAAGUGGCGCCUUUAGCCAGAACCACAACAUUUUAUGUUUUAAUUAAAUGAUGGUAUGUAAAUAUAUAUAUAUAUAUAUAUAUAUAUAUAUAUAUAUGUGUGUGUUUUGUUUUUUUACAAUAAUGAAUCGCACUUUGUCAUUACAAAAUACUGUUAUAAUGCCUUAUACUCCCAUUAUUGUCUUCAAUCUUACAUUGGAGAGGAUAUAUCCAUGACAACAACAAUACAAAUCCAAGUGAGCAUUUUGUUAUUAUAUGCAACUCAUUUAAAUGCAAUGUAAUCAUGUGUUUAAGACAAAAGAUUGUAAAUACAAAGAGAGAAAAGGGGUCUACACGCUUGCUGAUACAGUUUGGGCUGUUGGAAAAAUGUCGUUCCAAUAUUUUUGGGCACUAAUCAUACCAUUUUUGUUGUCAAUUAACAAUUAAAGACAGUGGGAUGUAGGGUUGCAAAAGAGAAAAUGGCAUGGGCGCCCAACUCUCCUAAAAUGUUGGUAUUUAUUAAUACGACAACGAUUCAUCCACGUUCCAAGGUGUGAAACACAGUGCUUUUAGACCAUUCAUGGGAAGGCAGUGAUUAUGACAGUCUGAAGACACAUUGCUCAUAUAUUUACCAGAAAAAAAAACAUAAAGAGGAUUAAUGAUAUAGAUGAUUAAUAAAAAAUACAUUUUUAUAAUGCUCCAGUUCAGAAUGGGAACAAUGCAAAUUACAAUGUACAUUGUGUUUAUGCUUUUUUCCUUUGGUUGUUGUUGUUGUUGUUGUUGUUGUUGUUGUUGUUUUAAAUGUGGGAUAUUUUUAUGGCUUGUUUCUUAUGUUCCUUUUUUUCCAAUAGAAAACUCAUAUAUUUUCAUUCAUAUGCAUGACAUUUGAGAAGGUUUACCAUACAUAUAGUCAUUAUUGGGCAUUGAUACUGUACAUGUAAGGAUUGUAUUGUGUUGUACAGCAAGCCUGUCUUUUCUAGAGGAAUCUAACCAUGUUCAUUACAUAGUUCAAGAAAAAUAACUUUACACGCAAAAAACACAACCUGAAGUUCAAACACAAUGCUGGACAACCUCAAGUGCCUGAAAGUGGGCAGAGGGUUUUCCAGAUCAGGAACACUGGCGAUGAAGUAACUGUUUGUAUUUGGCCUCAGUAGGAACGUGCUCAAGAGUCAACUCCACCAUGGGAUGUCAUUACCGUCACAGUGCAGAUGUCACGCCCGUCACACAGUGCAGACACUGUCGACGGAGGGGACAUUUUCAUUCUCUCUUCUCUCUGCACUAUCCCUCUGGAUAGGCCUGACUUGACUACAUUGCUCAAGCUACAAGAUGCAGCUUUUUUCCCCAGUAUUUCUAACCCAAUGCAGUUUAAGGCGGUAAUUACAUUUACUUUUCUUCUUUUUGAGCAGAAACAAUUUUACGACUUAUAAUUGUAAAAAAAAAAAAAAAAGAUCUAAUAAGGCAUUUUGAAUGAUACCUUUAAUUCAUUCAGCAAUGUUAUUUUAGAGAUAUGCAUGUCAAAAAUAAUUCUAGGUAUCGACAGAUACCAUAGCUAUGCGGUAUUAUGAGGUUCACUCUAGGUUGUAGAAAAAGAUGACCUACCAUUUUUAUGUGAUUUGGUCUGUCUAUCCAAAGGUGGACAUCUCUAACUAGUGAAGAGGGCAUUAUGUCCAAGCCCCAUGUCUUAACAAACAUUAGAAAGGCCAAUGUUAUUUAGAGACUGACACUGAGUCUGUGACUUUUGCAGACCUAAAAUUGGUUCAUUUUAUAGUUGUUUUUACACUCGAGUGAAUUGAUAUUUGUAGUUUCCUUUUCAUGGUUUUCUACAAAAAAAGGGAGAAAAUGACGACAUUGGCUCUUUGCUCCCAAGUAAAAGAAAAAAACGGAUAAAUGAUUUAUUAUUUUUUAAAUAAGAACCAUUUUGCUAAAUGGAGGACAAAGAAGAAGCAAUAACAGUAGAACAUAUAAAACUAGCCAGUGUGAAGAUUUAAAAAUAAGAAUUUACAAGUGUAAAUAAUCUUUCAUUUUUACAAUAUUGUAUUAUAUAUGUACAUGGUGUUUCCUUUUUAUCCAAAACAAAUCUUUUCUCACAGCUGUCUUGUUUUGUUUUGGUUUGUGUUUUAACCAAGAACAUGUUUCAAAAACAGUUAUUGCAGUGCAUUAGAGAAUAUUCUCUACAUAAACAUGUUGUUUAUCCAAUUAUUUCUAUUUUUAUUUUACUGUAAGGUCUUUAUAUUGAAAUACUUUUUUCACCAGUUCAUAUAUUUUUUACAAUAUAUUCAAUAUCAGAUAGUGUACAGUGCCUUCAGAAAGUGUUCAUAAUUAUUCCACAUUUUGUUGUGUUCCAGCCUGAAUAAAACAUGUUUUAAAUAUAUU